UAGUAUCGAACGAAAAGUAUCGAGUAUGUACUUGUAUUUACUCGUAUCGUUUCAUUCCUGUCUGUAAUGUCUAGAAAUUUUUUACGAAAAAUAUUCCAGCGAAAAUAAAUAGUAAACCAGUUGAUUGUCAAUUUAAUCUACCCGAAACUAAUAAGGGAAAACCAUUAUGAAGCUACAAUUUAAGUUUUUUUGGAGAAGGAUCUUAUGCUAUAAACUGAAGGAAAAGCUAUUUAACCUCGUAUUGAAGUGAAAAUAAGGUGUUCAAACAUGCAGUGCCGUGCCUGUAUGCAAAUGGACUGCGUCGGAGGUGUGGAAAUGAGUAGUGCCGUAUCGGCAGAUGGGAAAACAUUGUACGAUUACUUUAACGAUUGUACACAGCUCCAUGCAACAUCCACUGACAAUCUUCCACAACUAUUAUGCUUAAAUUGCACACAAAUUGUGCGUUCAGCCUAUAAUUUCAAGGAAAUCGCUCGUCGCUCUGAUGAAGAACUGAGGAACAUUUUAGUUUUUCCAAAAACUGAGCCUGAAAUGAUUUAUGCCAACACUGAGCAACCGCAAGAUGCUGUGGAAUGCACAAAUGAUCCCUUAGCUACGAUACAACCAAGCCCUGUUGCUAUUGAAUCGUUAAUGAGCAUACCUGAACUAGAUAUACCUACGAUAGACAUUAAAUUUGAGAAUCCUGAGGAAUUAUGUCAAGAAUCACAAGGUGACGAAAGGGGUGAUAGUGAAGUAUUGAGAGACAGAGUGACGCAUCCUUGUAAUUUAUGUGAUUGCAUAUACACUACAAAAAAGGAGCUAAAAAAUCAUAUUUUUGACAUGCAUAAGCCGCAUAUUAUCUGCAUUAAAUGUCCAAAGUUCUUUGACUUUCCCAAAGAGCUACAACUGCACGAAUCUCUUGUUCAUGCAACUGAAUCACCAAUGCAAUGCCCCUGGUGCAAAGAGUAUCACCCAAGAGAGGUCUUUAAUAAACAUUUGCGGUCCAAGCACAGCAAUUCCUAUUCCAAAUAUUUUCCGGGAAAUGAAAUAGGUGAUCGUGGUUCUGGUGAGAAUACCUCGUUUCGUUGUGAGCAUUGUGAGAAAUACUUCUCAUCCGUUCUCGAGCUAGCCGAUCACAUUCAAGAGCACACAUUUGAUUGCCCAUUAUGCUCGAAGAGAUUUAAAAAAUAUGGCACUUUCAGGGCACAUGUUAAACGUAAACACAAUCAUUCUAUAAAUAGUUUAAAAGCUAUAACUUCUGAGGAGAAAGACAAAAAUAAGCCCUUUCAAUGUUCCAUAUGUUCCACGCAGUUCAAACAGCAAAGAUCUUUUCGUGAUCAUAUGAAACGUAAACAUAAUCAGAUCAUUAAAAAGCCUGAGGAGGAGGAAAAUAAGCCAUUUAAAUGUUCCUUAUGUUCAAGACAGUUCAAUCAGAAAAGAUCUUUUAAAGAUCAUAUGAAACGUAAACAUAUUCAAAGUAUUAAAAAGCAUGCCGAAGACGAUGAAGAGGAUAAACCGUAUAACUGUCCAAUCUGUAAUAUGUGCUUCAAAAGCCAUAGCGCCGUCUAUUGUCACAAGAGGCGGAAGCACCCCGACAGCGCAACAACAGCUGAAGGCCAUAUAAAUGCAAGCAGUAAUAUCGGUACUGAAAAAGUGGAAAACGAGAAUACUGAAAACAGUGAACUAAUUAGAUGUAAAUUUUGCAAUAAGGAAAUACCCGGUAAUCGAAUAAAAUAUCAUGAAAAACGACACAUUUAUGCUCUGAACAGAAAAAGAAAAUACCUUUGUUCAUUUUGCCCCCGAGAAUUUAAUUCUGGAACUUCGGUUAAGUUGCAUGAAAAGAAGAUUCAUCUGCGAGAAAAGCCCGAACCAAAGGAGUGUCCAAUAUGUCAGAAAGAAGUCGAUCCAAAUUAUCUUAAACAUCAUAUUGACAAUGUUCAUGCUUCAGAGCGAAAGUUUAUCUGUGCUUUUUGUGGCGAUUCGUUUAGAAGUAACGUGUUGCUUCACUACCAUAAACGAUUGCAUUUAGAGCGCAAAUUUCCAUGCACUAUAUGUACAAAAAAGUUCAUACGCUCAAAUGAACUUAAAGUACACAUGCGUAGUCACACUGGAGAAGAACCGUACGCAUGUCAUAUAUGUGAUCGACGUUUUAAAAUCAAAGUUCGACUCAACUAUCACUUGCAGCGGCACGCUGGAAUUAAACGAAAAUGCAAAGAGUGCGGAAAAGAGUUUAAUCACGUCAAGCAAUUGAAAAUACAUUCUUAUAAACACACCGGCAUGCCCUAUAGGUGUUCAGUGUGUAGUUAUGCUUGCGCACAACGUGAUGUAUUUAGGAAUCAUUUAUUGCGAAUGCACGAUAUGACAAUGACUCCGGAUGAAUAUUGUGCGAUGUUCAAGGCAAAUACUGGUCGGAAUCCCCACGUUAAAACUCUGGAGGAAUUGCAAUCCGGGGCGCAGAAUAUGGAGCAAGAGGAAUUAUUAAACUAAUAUUAAAAGUUAUGACCUAAGUAGAAUAACGGAAGAUUAUUUAUUUUAAUAAACUUAACUUGGUUUUGUCAAUAA